CAUGAUGCAUGCCCUUGCCUCUCGUCGUCCAAGAAGAGGACGACGAGCGGAACCAUCUCCAUCUUCGCCACUACUACCUUCACUUUUUUAAAACACAUUUACGUCCAUCUCUUUGAUCCUUAGCUAGCCUCUAUUGAAUAUCCAUCCAUCGGAAAACCUUAAAGAAGGCGCGAUUUGAAUUUAUUAUUCAAUCGCGGCGACAAUGUCUCAAUCAAUCUUAGCUCCGUUCCAACUCCUGGAACUCAACGUCAUAUCGGCCCAGGACCUUGCGCCGAUAUCACGCUCCAUGCGCACGUACGCCAUUGCAUGGGUGCACCCAGAUCGAAAGCUAUCGACGCGGGUGGACACUCAGGGCCACAGCAAUCCGACAUGGAACGACAAGUUUGUGUUCCGGGUGGACGAGGAUUUUUUACACGAGGACACCUCCGCCGUGAUGAUUGAGAUCUACGCUCUCCAUUGGUUCAAGGACGUCCAUGUGGGCACGGUUCGUGUCCUGGUGGGUAAUCUUAUCCCCACCCCGGCAAAGCCCCACCACCACAACCCUCAGCUAGGCAUGCGGUUCGUAGCGCUCCAGGUGCGCCGCCCCUCGGGCCGGCCGCAGGGGAUUCUAAACAUCGGCGUGGCGCUGCUUCACAGCUCCAUGAGGAGCAUGCCCUUGUAUUCCCAACUCAGCACAUCAGCCGUCGGAUACAAAACCUUGAUGGGCGAGGAAGACCCACAUCGCAGUAGUCAAAACCAUCAUGCAGGCAGUCAAAUGACGACGUAUUCGAAGCCGGAGCUACGGCGCAGCAAGAGCGACUCCAGCUCCAUGUUCGGGUCGGACCUGAGAGCCACAGAAUUUAAAAACAAGGGCAAAAAUGGAAAGGCGGGCUCAAUGCUCAACGGGUCAGAAGUCAGCAUAAAAAAGAACAAAAAAGGUCGUCUGUCCAAAGCCAGCUCGAUCAUUGGUGGUUCAGAAAUAAUUAUCAGGAAGAGCAAGGACAAAAAAGGAAAAUCAAGCUCCCUGCUUAGCGCCUCAGAUAUAAGCUACAAAAAAGGGAAGCCGAGCUCCAUACUCGCCGCCUCAGACGUGAACAGCUCGGUGGCCCCACCAAAGUACGGAAAAGACAAAAAAGGGAAGCCGAGCUCCGUUCUCAGCGCCUCCGAAGCCACCGUGCGGGACGCACAGAAAAAAGGUGAUAGUAGUAACGGUAAACCCGCAAGCUCCAUGCCCAGCGCAUCCGAACCGGAAGACCCGCCCAGAAGGAAACCCGCCAGUCACAAACCAUCGCCAAAAUUCAACCUGGCAGAAAAUUACGGUUCUACCCCCGGACGGAAGUCGGCGCCUCGAGCUGGCAAAUCGCCGUUCUACAAGCUGCAGUCGCCGUACGAGCAGUACGCGACGCCGAGGAAAUCGAACAUCAUGCCUGUGCCGUUCAUAACGGAGUCGGAGCUGGGGCCGUCGCCGUCGGAGGUGGCGGCGGCGAUCGCGAAGGAGCGCUUGGAUCAGGACACGGAGAGCUCGGUGGUAGGGGGCGCGCGGAACGAGGAAGAAGAGUUCGCGAGCUUUCCUUCCAGCGACGAGCGCCACGAGCGGCGGCACAGCGAUGGCGGAAGCGGGCUCUUCUCGUGCUUUAGUAAUAUUUGUGGAAUCGAGUGCUCCAUUGUAUGCGGGUCGGGCGAUUCGGAUAGUAAGACCCGGAAGAAGAAUGGUAGCAAGAGUGGCGGAAAGGUCCCACGGAGCCCCUCAGCCGGAAAUCUAAGCUACAUGUGAAAGGACCCGGAUGGAGAUGGGUAAAUGGGCAGGGUUUUUUUGUUUUCCAUAAUUUGGCGGGCAACGAUAGUGAAAGAAGAUGGAAGUUGAAAUCAACCGCUUAGUUCGUGCUAACUUGCGCCAAGGGUGAUACUAUUAACGAAGAAAGAACAAGCGAAACGUAAGGGCAGGGCCUGGGCGCAGGAUAAGCAAGUGCACACCAGGGGGUUGAUGAUAGUGAAUUGCACUUGGUUAGGCCAUUCUCUUCCUCUUCCCAAUUUUAAUUUUGUAUUUAUCGAAUUUCUGCUGUGUAAUUUAUUGUUUCCCCAAAAAACAGAAAAACAAAAUACAAAGGACCGUCCAAAUUCAAAUUUGUGUUUAUUUAUAUUAUUGUUGAUGUAGAAUAUAAAUCUUAUAUGAACAAUUUUUUCAUUUAUCUAA